AUGUUACAGAUAAAGUUGGUGGAUGGAGUAUGGAAAGUAGAGAAGUUCAAUGAUACACACAAUCACCCAUUAAUUAACACUCCAUCAAAGGUGAAGAAGUUUCCUUCUCAGAAUGAAUUACGACGCUCAAAAGUUGCUAAAUCUCUUGUUUCUAUGCUUUAUGAGGAGGGUUUAACUUCUUCAAAGAUCUCAAAGGUGGUGAACGCUAUGGACAAAGAAGUUAACAUUACUCCAGCUCAAAUCACUAGUAUUAUAUCAGUUCAGCGAAGGAAUAAUGUGGGGCGAGAAUGUCAAGGCAUCAUCAAGCACUUUCAAAGGAAGUCUACUCUUGAUGGAUCUUUUUAUUUUAAUAUACAUUUGGCGGAAGAUGGAACGUUAAGAAGUGUAUUCUGGGCAGAUGGUAGGUCGAGAGCUGCAUAUGCUCAAUUUGGUGAUCUCCUUGUGUUUGAUGUGACUUAUCAAACAAAUAAGUUCAAGUUUCCUUUUGCCCCUUUUGUUGGGGUUAAUCAUCAUGGGCAAUCAAUUUUAUUUGCUGCCGCUUUGUUAGAAGAUGAAACGGAGGCAACAUUUACUUGGUUGUUUGAACAGUUUCAAGCAUGUAUGUUUGACAAGUCUCCUCCUGCUAUUAUCACUGAUCAAGAUAAAGCUAUUGGAAAAGCAAUUGCCAAGAUAUUUCCCACAGCACGACAUCGUUUCUGUGCAUGGCACAUGAAAAAACAUGUUAUGGAACAUACUCAAGCACUACGCGCACAAUUUAAGGAGAGUUUUGAUGUUGACUUUCGUGCGUGGUGUAAAAGUCCAAGCAUUGAUGAGUUUGAAGACAAAUGGGAAUCAUUGAGGACUAAAUAUGAUAUCAAACCAGGUACUUGGUUGUCUAACAUGUAUGCUUCACGUCAUCAUUGGGCAAAGACAUAUUUGAAAGAUACUUUUUGGGCCGGAAUGACCACAAGUGGCCGAAGUGAGAGUAUCAAUGCAUUUUUUGAUGGAUACGUCAACUCCAAUACAAUGUUAAAUGACUUUGUUACCCAAUAUGACAAAGCAAUCAAGUGUAGGAGGGAUGCCGAAGAAGAUGAGGAAUUUAAAACUAGAAAUACAAAAGCAAUUUUGGAGACUUCUCACGAAAUUGAAGCAAUAGCUGGUGAGCGCUACACGAGAAAAAUAUUUAAUAUCUUUAAAAAGGAGUGGAUGGAAGCUGUACUUGACUAUGAGCAUGAAAAGAUGUCAACGGACGAAAAUAAAAUCAGGUACAAGGUGGGGUCUCACAUAGUUGAUAAAGAGUGGUGGGCAAUUGUUGACAUUCAUUUGACAGAAACCUUCACAGCUAAUUGCGAUCAUGCUGAAACAACUACUAAUGAAGUUAGUGCAUUGUCCUUGUGGUCGAUUCUCUCCAAGUGCAAUAUGGCUAUUGAUGAGUCAAGAGAUUGUAUUUAUGAGAUUAAAAGGUUUGAUGCAUUUGUUGUUGAAUUUAUUCAACAACAAUUGGAAAGAAAAAGGAAGAUAAUUGAAGAUGAAGCAAUUCUCCAAAUUGUUCCUUCUUUAACUCUUGAAAUUGUAUCGCAAGUUUCUCUCAUUAAUUAUGUGCGUGAUCCCAUCCAUCCAAUCAAAACAAAAGGGCGUCCGAAGGUUGCUUCACGAAUAAAAUCAAGCCUUGAGUUGUCUUUAAAACAACAAAAGACUUGUAGUUAUUGUGGAGGAAAGGGUCACAAUAAAACCGGUUGUCAGAAGCAUAAGAUGGAUGUUGUAGGGGAGAAGCAAAAGGAAUAA